AUGUUACCCGCUGUUGAGAUCCAAGCUGAUCCUAGGGAGUUGUUGGUUUCUAUUGCCAGAUCAUGUCCAAGAUCUGUUUGCACAACUCCCUCCCUGGAUGCUACUGGCCGUGGGGAACUGUGGAUGGACUGGGACAACACUUGUAAGUUUUCCUAGCAUGGCUGGAGGUGCACCACCAAUGAAAAUGAUGACUCAGUUAAAACCAUUAAGGGGAACUGGAAUGAAGAGCAAUACAAUAUCCAGAGAAUUGUGCAGCCUAACCCAGUUCCCUCCCAGGAUUUGAAUGAGAACCUCACUGGUUUCCGGGCCACUACCCUGAGCUGGAUCCUCCUCCGUUCAACCCAACUGCUCAGUCCUGCUGUGCAAUAG